UCGGUGCGGUGGUAUGAUCCAGGGAUACUGUUAUAGCAGCACCGAGCCUCACCAGCAACAGCAUCAUCGGGUUCAACUGCGGCUAAACGCACCGCGCCGGGAUCCCUGUCACACCGCACAGCGGAGCUGGCUCGCGCACAGCCCCGUGCGAGGAGAUCCCUUCCUCCCCGCGCAAAAUCGUCUCGUCGUCCUCCAUCGGCAUUUCAGAGCGAGCAUCAUCAGCAUCAUCAGCACCGCCGCCUCGAAACCAGACCGCGGAGAGAGGGUGUCUCGUCCACAUUUUUUAACCGGAGCUCAAGUCACAUUUCUGCCAGUGGUGGGGAGGGGGGAUAGCACACACUUCGGCUUUUGCAGGCUGCUUAUAGCACGGAAUCGGACUAAAGGGAUGGCUUUACGUCGGGAAGACUCUGUGCUCUGUGCUGUGGCUGUGCUGAGUGACUAAAGUGGAGCCCUGCGAGCCAUGGAGGAGAUGGACAGCAAACCCUACCAGCCGUUGUCUAAGGGGCGCCAUGAAAUGGAGAUGUCCUACACCAGCUCAUCUGACGAGAGUGAGGAUGGGCGCACCCAUCACCGCUCCUACACAUCACGCGAGACCCUGCCUGACUACACACACGAGCUUCGCCUCACCCUCGGUUCGCAUCGGGAAAGGCAGAGCAACUACAGCCAACCCCAACAAGAUUUAGACUUCUGUAAGGCCGGGCAGUUGAGGAGCCCAGACUUUCACAUCCACCAACAGCAGCAGCAGCAGCAGCAUCAGCAGCAUCAGGAGGAGGAAGAGGAAGUGCUGUGCUCUGGACCGACCGGGCACGUCCACAGCCACGGCUACUCCCUCGGCGUGGGUUCGGACGUGGACACGGAGCCAGAGGUGGACCCGUCUCCCGCUCACGGCCUGCAGCACAUGUGGAUGCGCGGCCUCAAGUCUGAGCAGAGCUCCUGCCUCACGAGCCGCGCCAACUCCGCCCUCUCUCUCACUGACACCGAGCACGACAGGAAGUCUGAGCCUGACAAUGAGCUUCCCAGCAGUCCGGGUGGCCAGUUCACGUUCCGUCCACUGCCCCCACCUCCGCCGCCGCCCCACGCCUGCACUUGCGCCCGCCCGGCACCUUACACUCAAGUCAGCCUACAGAGGAAGACCAUGCCAACUCGGUGCCAAGCCAGCCAGGGCGGCCAGGGGGCAGACACCAGCUCGAGCGCAGACCAGGCACAGCUUCACAACAGCUGGGUGCUCAACAGCAACAUCCCCCUAGAGACCAGACACUUCCUGUUCAAGCAGGGGUCUGGUUCGUCAGCUCUGCUGUCAGGGGCGGGGCAGGGAUACCCCCUGACCUCCGGGACCGUGUACUCCCCUCCACCUCGGCCUCUGCCGCGCAGCAGCGUGACCAGACCACUGUUUACCUUCAACAAGCCUCACCGCUGCUGCAACUGGAAGUGCACAGCCUUGUCCGCGUCACUCCUCACUCUCACCCUGGCCCUGCUGCUCACUUACGUCAUCGCGGUCCACCUGUUAGGUUUGACCUGGCAUCUGCGUCACGGUGAGAGCCAGCUGUAUGAGAAUGGCCUGAGCUCAGCAGACCAUCAACAAGAGGACCGCAGCAAAACCAGACCGACGAGCUCCGUCCACCUGCUGGACACGCUCAACCCUGAAAACACACACAGUGGUGACAGAGAAAAGUGGGUGCGAGGCCGGGCCAUCGACCGUGGCGAGGUCGACAUCGGGACUCAGCAGAGCCAGGCAAUCCCGCCGGGACUUUUUUGGAGGUUUCAUAUAACUGUGCACCAUCCGACCUACAUCAAGUUCAAUCUUUCUCUAUCACACAACGCACUGCUGGGGGUCUAUGGGCGCAGGAACAUACCGCCUACACACACUCAGUUUGACUUUGUAAAACUGCUGGAUGGGAAGGCCCUGCCCAGGUCCUUGACUGAUCCCGUCUCAACUGCCAAAGCUCCCAAAGGUCUGCUACUGAGCGGCCUCCAAGAAACAGGCUUCAUCGAGUACAUGGACCCCGGCACCUGGCACCUGGCUCUCUACAACGAUGGCCGCAACCUGGAGCAGGUGUUACUCCACAGCACUCCCAUAGACUCAAUGGACGGCUGCUCCACAGACUGUAACGGAAAUGGAGAGUGUGUCGCUGGACACUGCCACUGCUUUGCUGGAUUCUUGGGUCCUGACUGUGCCAAAGGUGUGUGUGUGUGCGUGAGGGAGAGAGAGGGAAAGACAGGGAGACAGAGGCUGCUUGAGGAUUUGCUGAAUCUGCGCACUACUGAGAUAAGAGAGCGUAGCCCCACUCACGAUUCAUGCCCCGUGUUGUGCAGCGGUAACGGCAUGUAUGAGAAAGGAAGGUGCGUGUGCCUGGAAGGGUGGAAGGGGGCAGAGUGCAACGUGGAGGAAGGUCAGUGCAUCGAUCCCACCUGCUCCAACCACGGCACCUGCAUCCAGGGCAUCUGCAUAUGCAGUCCGGCCUACAAGGGUGUUAAUUGUGAACAAGUGGACUGUGUAGACCCUCAGUGCGGCGGGCACGGCGUGUGCGUGCGUGGGGAAUGCGUGUGCUCGGCGGGCUGGGCGGGAGUGAGCUGCGAUGACCCGCUGCCAGCCUGUCAGGAGCAGUGUUCGGGACACGGCACCUAUCUCCCAGAGUCAGACACCUGCGCCUGCCAGCCCAACUGGACGGGACCAGACUGCUACACCGAGCUGUGCCCGGUGCCAUGUGGCAGCCACGGCGUUUGCUCGGAAGGCCAGUGCCAGUGCGAGGAGGGUUGGAUUGGCGCUGCGUGCGACCAGAGAGCAUGCCAUCCUCGCUGCGAAGAGCACGGCCAGUGCCACGAUGGGACCUGCGUGUGCCAACCUGGCUGGGAGGGAGAGCACUGUAACAUUGUUACUCAUGAUUUGGAUGUCGUAGUGAAAGAUGGCUGCCCGGGGUUGUGCAGCGGGCACGGGCGCUGUACCCUGGAGCAGAGCGGCUGGCGUUGCGUCUGCCAGGCUGGAUGGAGUGGGCCUGGAUGCAGCGUUGUCAUGGAAACUGACUGCAGUGAUGGAACAGACAACGACGGAGAUGGCCUGUUGGACUGCGUAGAUCCCGAUUGCUGUGAGCAGCUGAGCUGUGGCUCGGACCCCCUGUGCCAGGGUUCAGCCGACCCGUUGGCCCUGCUGCAGCAGGGCUCGCUUCCCCUCACCACACCUCAUUCUCCCACCAGCACACACACUCACAGCUUCUACCACCGCAUCCGCUUCCUUCUCGGCAAGGCGGCCACGCACACUCUCCCUGGAGACGUGCCCUUUGAUACCAGUCGGGUAGCUGUGAUCCGAGGUAGCGUUGUGCUGCAGGAUGGCUCUCCUCUCGUUGGAGUCAACAUCUCUUUUCCGCAGCACCCCGAGUAUGGUUACACCAUAAGUAGGCAGGAUGGAAGCUUCGACCUGGUGACCUUGGGCGCCAUGUCUAUGACCCUGAUGUUCCAGCGUCCACCCUUCCUCCCUCAAACACGAACCAUCUGGACCCCAAAUAACAACUUUCUGGUUCUAGAUCAGGUGACAAUGUCCAGGGAGGAACCUCAAGCUCCUAAAUGUGACAUCAGGAGCGUUCUCAGUCCCUAUCCUCUCGUCCUGCCCUACCCACUUUCCAGAUACACCGCAGCGUGUGCAGAGAAGGGGCCAGCCAUACCUGAGCUACAGGCGGUGCAGGAAGACGUUUCAAUGCCAGGAGCUUUUGUGAAGCUGAGCUACUUGAGCACUCGUGCUGCUGGCUACCUCUCUCUCCUGCGAAUCCUCCUCACUCCUCCCUCCCCAUCAUCCCCUGUCUCCCCGCUGGGCGGUCUGUCCAAGGUUCAUGUCCGCGCCUCUGUCCAAGGGAGGUUGUACCAGCGGUGGUAUCCUGCCGGGCCUGGUCUGGUCCACAGGCUCGUCUGGAACAAGACGGAUGUUUAUGGUCAGGAGGUCUGGGGUCUCACUUAUGCAACCGUGGCAGUCGGCUAUGAGUAUGAGGUGUGUCCCGGUGUUAUCCACUGGGAAAGAAGGACCGCUCUGAUGCAGGGAUUUGAACUGGUCCCCUCUGACCUUGGAGGAUGGUCUCUGGACAAACACCAUGCCCUUAACAUUCGCAGCGGAAUCCUUCACAAAGGGAAUGGAGAAAACGUCUUCCUGUCCCAGCAGCCCCCUGUUAUCGGCACUGUGAUGGGGAACGGCUUCUAUCGGAGCGUCCCGUGUGGCCCGAGCUGCAGCGGCGCGGCUCGGGACAUGAUGCUGUUUGCCCCCGUGGCGCUGGCUAGCGGCCCCGACGGCUCUCUCUACGUAGGGGACUUUAACUUCAUUCGCAGGGUCCACCCAGACGGAUACACCAGAACCAUACUGGAACUCAAGAACCGGGAUACCAGACACAGCACCAGCCCUGCCCACAAGUACUAUCUGGCCAUGGACCCGAGGGGGGAAGUUCUGUAUGUGUCUGACACCAGCAGUCGCAAAGUUUACAGGGUGAGGAACCUCGGGCAGCCAAAAGAUCCAUCUCGCAAUCUGGAGGUAGUUGCUGGGACGGGGGAGCAGUGUCUACCUUUUGACCAGAGCCACUGUGGAGAGGGCAGGAAGGCCACGGAAGCUGCACUCAAUAACCCUCGAGGUAUUGCGGUGGAUAAAAGAGGUGUUGUCUACUUCGUUGAUGGCACCACCAUUCAGAAGAUUAAUGAGAGGGGUUUGCUCUCCACUGUGAUUGGUUCAAACGGACUGAUGUCGACGCAGCCGCUAAGCUGCGAUGCACGCAUGGACAUCGGCCAGGUGCGGCUGGAGUGGCCAACAGACCUGGCCAUUAACCCACUGGACAACUCCCUCUACAUCCUCGACAACAACAUCGUCCUGCAGGUGUCCGAAAGUCUGCAGGUGCGGAUUGUAGCAGGACGUCCCAUCCACUGCCAGGUUCCGGGUAUUGACCAUCACUUGGUGAGCCGGGCGGCUGUGCGCGCCACCCUGGAGGCAGCUAAGGCCAUCGCCUUGUCCCACCUGGGCACGCUGUACAUCGCUGAGACUGAUGAGAGGCGAAUCAACCGCAUCCAGCAGGUGUCAACCAACGGCGAGAUAUCGAUUAUCUCCGGAGCCCCCACGGACUGCGAUUGCAAGAUAGACCCCAACUGCGACUGCUUCUCUGGAGACGGAGGCUACGCCCGUGACGCUCGUCUCAAAGCCCCGUCCUCUCUGGCAGUGGCCCCCAAUGGCACCCUGUAUAUUGCUGAUCUGGGCAAUAUCCGGAUCAGAGCUGUAAGCCCCAACCAGCCCCAGCCCAGCCCAGCCGGACUGGUGGAGAUCAGCUCACCUCUGGACCAGGAGCUCUAUCUCUUUAGUCAGAAUGGCUCCCACCUGUACACCAAACACCUGAUCACAGGCCACUACCUGUACAACUUCUCUUACGGCACAGACGGCCAGUUGUCGGGGGUGACGAGCCGCGACGGCCACAGCCUCCAGGUGAGGAGGGACGCUCACGGAGUGCCUCUCUGGCUGGCUCUACCUGGCGGACAGGUAUACUGGCUGUCCCUUAGUAACAGUGGCACGCUGAGGAAGGUGUCCGUCCAAGGCCACGACAUCGCCCAGAUCACUUACCAUGGCAACACAGGUCUCCUAGCAACCAAAAGUGAUGAGAACAGUUGGACCACUGUUUAUGAGUACAACAGCGAGGGUCGAGUGACCAACAUCACCUUACCGACGGCGGAGGUGAGCGGUUUCCAUGGCAACCUGGAGCGCUGGUCUCGGGUGGAGGUUGAAGCAUCCAACCGCGAGAACUUUGUCACCAGCACAAACUUGUCUGCCAGUGACACCAUCUACAUGUUCAGACAAGAUCACUCUCAGAGCUCGUACAGAGUCAGCGCUGACGGGUCGUUUCUGGUGACGCUGGCCAGCGGGAUGGAGCUGUCGCUAAGCACUGAGCCCCUCCUCGGGGGCGUCGGGGGUGGAGUCAGUCCCACGGCCAGCCGCUGCAACAUCAGCUUGCCUGGAGACCACGCCCCGAGCCUGAUAGAAUGGAGGCAGAGGAAGGAGCAGAGCAAGACUAACUACAGCACUUACGAACGCAGGCUCAGGGCACAUAACAGGAACCUGCUGUCCAUAGACUUUGAUCAAAGCACCAGAGUUGGGAAGAUAUACGAUGACCACAGGAAGUUCACCCUCCACAUUCAGUAUGACCAGCUGGGCCGGCCUGUCGUGUGGUCACCCAGCAGCAAAUACACUGAAGUAAACAUCAGCUAUUCAGGUGGAGGCCUGCUUUCAGCCAUCCACCGCGGAGAAUGGUCUGAGCGGCUGGAGUACGAGAAUGACAGGGUGACGUCCAGAGCCUGGGUCAACGGCAAGAUCUGGAGCUACACGUACGCAGACAGAUCCAUCAUGCUGCUCCUGCACAGCCAGCGGCGCUACGUCUUUGAAUACGACCAAACGGAUCGUCUGGUCGCUGUGACCAUGCCCAGCAUGGUGAAGCACACCCUGCAGUCGCUGCUGUCCAUCGGCUACUACAGGAACAUAUACGCCCCGCCCGACAGCCAAGCCUCCUUCAUCCAGGACUACACCCUGGACGGGCGCCUGAUGAGGACUCAGUACUUGGGAACAGGGAGGAGUGUCAUCUACAGGUAUACAGCUGCGGCUCGCCUCUCGGAGGUGGUUUAUGACUCCACCCUGGUGACCUUCACUUAUGACGAAGCCUCUGGAACAGUCAAGACCAUUCAUCUCACCCACAACGGCUUCAUAAGCUCCAUACGAUACAGGCAGACAGGUCCCCUGACGAGUCGGCAGAUUUUCCGCUUCAGCGAAGAAGGCUUGGUCAAUGCCAGAUUUGACUACAGCUACAACAACUUUCGAGUCACUAGCAUGCAGGCCGUCAUCAAUGAGACCCCUCUGCCCAUUGACCUGUACCGCUAUGUUGAUGUGUCAGGGCGGGUCGAGCAGUUUGGCAAGUUCAGCGUCAUCUUCUACGACCUCAACCAGGUGAUCACCACCCAUCUGAUGAAGCACACCAAGGUAUUCAACUCCUACGGUCAGGUGGUGGAGGUCCAAUAUGAAAUCCUCAAGUCCAUCGCCUACUGGAUGACCAUUCAGUACGACUCAUCCGGACGUACAACCACCUGCGACAUCAGAGUGGGCGUGGACAGCAAUGUGACCCGUUACACUUACGAGUAUGAUGCAGACAGCCAGCUGCAAAGCGCCUCAGUCAACGAGCGGCCUCAGUGGCGUUAUAGUUACGACCUCAAUGGGAACAUUAAUCUACUUAGCCACGGAACCAGUGCAAGGCUCACGCCGCUGCGCUACGACCAGAGGGAUCGCAUCACGCAUCUCGGCGAGCUGCAGUACGGCGUGGACGACGACGGAUUCCUCCGCCAGCGAGCAAACGACCUGUUCGACUACAAUUCCAACGGCCUGCUGACCCGCGUCUUCAACCGCGUGACCGAGCGCACCGUGUGGUACCGCUACGACGGACUGGGCCGCCGCGUGGCCACCAAGAGCAGCCAGGGCGAGCAGCUGCAGUUCUUUUACGCUGAUCUGUCACACCCUACCAGGGUCAGCCACUUGUACAACCACAGCAGCAAUCUGAUCACGUCGCUGUACUAUGACCUCCAGGGCCACCUUAUCGCCAUGGAGCUGAGCAGCGGAGAGGAGUACUAUGUCGCCUGCGACAGCGUGGGGAGCCCGAGGGCGGUUUUCUCUAGCAAGGGGCGGCUCAUCAAAGAGAUUCUCUACACCCCCUACGGAGAGGUUUACCAGGACACCAACCCAGACUUCCAGCUUGUCAUCGGCUUCCACGGAGGCUUGUACGAUCCUUUCACAAGACUGGUCCACUUGGGAAGGCGGGACUAUGACACGCUAGCGGGCCGAUGGACUUCACCGAAUCACGAACUGUGGGGGGAGCUGAGCAAGGAGCCGAAGCCUUUUAACCUGUACGCGUUCAAGAACAACUGCCCGGUCGGAAGGGUGGAGGAGGUGACACAGUUUACAACAGACAUCGGUAGCUGGCUGCAGCUGUUUGGCUUUCAACUUCAUAACGUGGUCCCCGGUUUCCCAAAGCCUGAGGUGGGAAGAAUGGAACAAACAUACGAACUGAUGAAGGCGCCGACCAAGAUGCAGGACUGGGACUCCAGCAAGUUGGUUUUGGGAAUCCAGUGCGAGCUGCGGCGCCAGCUGAGGAGUUUCAUCUCCCUGGAGAGGUUACCUCUGGUCUCUGAGCCCGUGGGCUCCACCUGCCACCGACCGGCGCACCCCCCUCCCUUCGGCUCCCGGCCCUCCAUCCUCGGCCCCAGCAUCCGCUUUGCAGUCUCUCACGGCCGAGUGAGCGCGGAGGUCAUCGGAGUGGCCAGCGAGGACAGCCGCAGAGUCGCGGCCAUCUUGAACGGCGCCGUCCACCUCACGGGGCUGAGCUUCACCGUGCACGGCUGCGACACCCACCACUUCCUCCAGUCGCGGCCGAUCGAGGAAGACCUCGCCCUGGGGCUGGGAGUCGGGGGCCGUGUCCUGGAGAGCGGCGUGAACGUGAGCGUGUCUCAAAUGAGCGCGACGGUGAACGGCAGGACUCGGCGUUUCGCCGACAUCACUCUCCAGCAGGGGUCUCUGUGCCUGUGCGUGCGCUACGGCGGGAGCGAGGAGGAGGAGAGGGCGCGGGUGAGGGAGGAGGCGAGGAAGAGGGCGGUGGAGGGAGCUUGGGAGAAGGAGAAAAGGAGGGUGGAAGCGGGAGACGCCGGGAGCAGGGCGUGGAGCGAGGUUGAGAAGCAGCAGCUGCUGUCCGGGGGACGCGUUCAGGGUUACGACGGCUACUACUCCCUGCCUAUAGAGCAGCAGCCGGAGCUGUCUGACUGCCCCUCCAACAUCCACUUUAUGACACUGAGCGAGGUGGGGGGCAGGUAACAGAGACACACGAGCGGCCCCCCACCCACCAAAGACUGCCUGUUUCUACUCUACUCUGAUUUGUUCUACUGUUUCUAUACUGUAUCGGGGGAGAAAAAAAAAAAAAGAAGACGACAUCAGAGAAGAAGAAGAAGAGCGAAUGUGUGGGGGAAAAAAAACAAAAAAACUUCCAAAUGCCUUUAAUUGUGACAAAAUGAUGGUAUUUUAUUAUUAUCGUCCAGUUUCUCCAAUUUCUAACAGUGGCACAAGCAGUGUGGUUUGGCUGUGGCUUUGCUUUUUUGUAUCUCUGAUCAACCCGACCGACUCGCUGACUGACCGACUCGCCGACGGACCGACUGCCAUUCGCUGUUUCAACAACACUGUUCAUCAUUUUCUGGACUCUGCUCAACAUCACGGCACUGUAGGGAAGAAGACUUUUAGGAUUUUGCCAGUGAAUAAUCCUCUUCGUGACUCGAAUCGAGAGCUCUCCGGUUUGCCAUUUGAGUUCCUACAUGGUUUACCUCGGAUAUACUAUCGUUUACAUAUUGUGUAAGAGAGGCCUUGUCGACUCUGACACUUCCCCCCCUUUAGAGAAGGAAAGCUCUUGUGGUUUUCCGUCUCUGGUGUGCUCCAACAGUAGUUUGUAUGAGUGUGUAUACUUAAAAAUCAAGAAUGUAUAUAGCCAGUGCUUUCUCACACUGAAAAAAAAGAAGUGCUCAACUGGAAGUUCUGUUGUUCAUAAGUGUCAGUAUUGUUAAUCAAUAGAAAAACAGUUACAUUUUUGCAAAGAAUUAUACAUGGCUAUAGUAAAUAUUCUCGCUGAAAAAUCUGACUUUAUUGGGUUACAAUGCUGAUUAAAGUUAUUAUGUGUGAAUUACCAAAA